CAUGUUGCCCUUCUAAUGUACCGCCGCUACGUUACUGCCGACUCAAUCUCUCUCUUCAUUUUCUCUCUCCUCUCUUGCCUGCUCCUUUCUCUCUCUCUCCUCACCUUUUCCUCGAUUACCAGUGUUCUUGGCUGUAGGAUUGGCAAUAGCCGUGCUGUAGCCGCAGUUCGUAAAAGUGGAGUUCGAAGCUUUUUUUAUGUCUGAACGAGCCUCUCUCUUUUUGUCAUCAAUCGGCUUGCUUGGAGAAUAUUGCCCUACGUCUAGAAAAAAGGAUAGUCAUACCUCCGGAAAAUUGAGUUGUAUGCAUAUUGGGAAUAUUGACGGUUAUUCUCUUAAUCAUCAGGGUUGCACUUAUAUGCAGCCUUCUUUCCUUCAGAUAUCAGCGCUUCCUCUCAUUGCCUCCUAACAAACUCCAAUUUCUUCAUAAGGCAAUAUGGCACUUCAGAACAUUGGUGCUGGAAACCGUGAUGAUGCCUUCUACAGGUAUAAGAUGCCUAGGAUGGUCACAAAGAUUGAAGGUCGUGGUAAUGGCAUCAAAACCAACAUUGUCAACAUGGUUGACAUAGCGAAAGCCUUGGCUCGGCCUGCUGCCUACACGACGAAGUACUUUGGUUGUGAGCUUGGAGCUCAAUCCAAAUUUGACGAAAAGACAGGGGUUUCCCUUGUUAAUGGAGCUCAUGAUACAGCAAAACUUGCUGGACUUCUGGAGAAUUUUAUCAAGAAAUAUGUUCAGUGCUAUGGGUGUGGCAACCCUGAGACUGAGAUUCUGAUAACCAAGACUCAGAUGUUGCAGCUUAAAUGUGCUGCUUGUGGGUUUGUGUCUGAUGUGGAUAUGAGAGACAAGCUCACUACCUUUAUUCUUAAGAACCCUCCUGAAGUGAAGAAAUCAUCUAAGGACAAGAAGGCCUUGAGGAGGGCUGAGAAGGAACGCCUCAAGAAUGGUGAAGCUGCCGAUAAGGCAGCGAAGCAGAAGAAGUCCUCAAAAGAAGGUGCAUCUAAGUCAACCAAGAAGAAGACCCAGGGUUCUGAUGAAGACCAUUCUCCUACUGGAAGCCAGGCUGGUGAUAAUGAACCUUUUGUUGAUGUUGAUGAUGAAGAUGAUGACGAUGGGGACGAUGUUCAAUGGCUAACCGACACAUCUAUGGAGGCUGCUAAGAAGAGGAUAACAGAGCAGCUUAGUGCUGUGACAGCUGACAUGGUGAUGCUCUCAACUGAAGAGAAAUCUCCUCCUCGGAAGAAGUCCCCACCUCGCAAACCAGAACCUGAGGUUAAAGAACAAAAUGGCACUCUCUCUGCUGACCCACAAGAGACUCUUAUCAGAGGCUUGAAGGAAUAUCUGAAGCAAGGUCCAACUGCAAAUCAGUUGAAAACCCACUUAACCUCGUGCUCAGGUACCCCCCAAGAGGUUGUGGAUGCUGUGUUUGAGGCUCUCUUUGACGGCUUGCAGAAGGGAUUUGCAAAGGAGGUCAAUAAGAAAAAGAACUACAUUGUUGCUGCCCUAGCUUAUGCUGAAGGUUCACAGCCAAUCCUGUUGCAUGCCAUUGAGUCCUUCUGUGGAAAAGCUAGCCCCGAUGCUGUCAAGGAUGUAGCAGUGGCUCUGAAGUUUCUUUAUGAUGCCGAUUUGCUGGAGGAAGAAACCAUUGUCGAGUGGUACGAGAAGGGAUCAACUGGCAACAACAAGAGUUCAUCUAUUUGGAAGUUUGUCAAACCUUUUGUGGAGUGGCUCCAGAGUGCUGAGUCCGAGUCGGAAGAAGAGUGAUAUCUAAUAUCCAGUUUAAUUCAAUAUCAUACUAAGUACUCGUAUUAAGAUGCAAGGUUUAUUUCAGUUGCUAGUAUUUUCUAUAUUCCGGAAUAAGUGAUUGGCUGGAAGCGAGUCAGCAACCAGCUGGAUCAUCGUGGUGGUUGGUUUUUCAUUUUUGUUUUUCGUGUGUCAAACUGUGUCAAUUGUAAUGUCGUUAUGGUAUUCCUUAUUUUUAUGAACAAUCUGUUGCAUUAUAUUUCUAAUUAUAUAUUUAAUGUCAUAUUGGUAUUAUUGUUAUGAACACAAUCUGUCACAUAAUCAUUCUUAUUACAUCUUUUAAAGUUGAA